AGUACUAUUUAAAUGCGCAGUAUAAAUUAUUUAAUGUACCUAGUUAAAAGUGAAAUAUAAUAAUUGGGAACUCUAUGUUUAAACGUUUAUAUGAUAAGAAAACUGUACGGAUUUUAAUUUUGGGUCUUUAUGAGGCAGGAAAGACGACUACGCUACAUACUUUAAAACUUGGUGAAGUAGUUACCACAAUGUCUAACAUUGGAUUUAAGGUAGAUACAUUGCACUAUAAAAACAUAAAUAUGAUGACAUGGGACAUAGGUGGUAGAGAGAAAGUAAGACCAUUACUGAGACAUUAUUAUCAAGACACAAAUGGUCUGGUAUAUGUCCUGGAUAGUAAUGACAGGGUGAGAUUAAAUGAUGCUUUGACAGAGCUACAUAUCAUAGUAAAUGAACAUGAAUUGAAGGACAUCCCGGUUCUAGUUCUUGCUAAUAAACAAGAUCUUUUGGACGCCAUCAAACCGGAGGAGAUUAUACGUAGAUUACAAGAUGAAAGAUGCAUGCGUGAUAGACGAUGGAUGGUAUUCGGUGUAAGCGCUGCCGACCAAACGAACAAUGGCCUUUUCGAAGCUUUUGAUUGGUUGUCAAAUGAAAUAGCUGCAAAAGAGAAACACAAGUUGGCAUCGAACCUUUUAAAUCGAUCGGAUGCAAACAGAAACAAUGAUAACACGUAUACAAGUUCAAGGACAAAUAUGGACAAUGAUCAUAAGUCUUUCUUUUCAAAUUGUGUUGAAUCUCUUAAAAAGAUGAUGGCUAUAUGAUAUUCACACAGAGGUUAAAAGGAAAUUAUUUCUUGUCAUUAAUUACUAAGUGGUUGAAUAAAAUAAGAGGGGCGGCUAGAUAACUAUAGUUUCGGAUGAUUAUACUACCAUAUGAGAACAGAAUGAGUUGUACUCUUACAAACAUGCACAAAUAAUAAACGUGUUACUUGUUUUGCUUAAGUAUACUGUAUCAGAUGAUCCUCUUUGAAGCCAUCACAAAAAAAAAAUAAACAUUCUUGUAAGACAAUAUUCACGAAUUCAUUUACUGUCCAGUAAUACAUUUGUUGUCUUUAUGAAUAUUGCUGUAAUAUAUGUAAUAUUAAAGUACCCAGUAUAUGAACUAAUAGGUUUUUUCAUUAACAAUUAGAUUUACUGAUAUUAUUAGUUACGCUGCUUGUUGGUGACAGGAUACGGGAUAUACGCUGUCUCCAAAAUCCAUAUCAGGCUCGAGCGAUAUCCGCUGUCGGGGAAAUCCAUAUAUGGAUUUUCGAGACAGCGUUUAUCCCGUAUCCUGUCACCAACAAGCAGUGUAACGAUCUUAUCUUGCCGACUACCCUUUACUUGCAUGCUAUUAUCAACACAUUUUGUAAACUAACAAAGCUACUUACAGUGCAGACUGGAAUCCUACAAAUCAUUUGUUUGGUCAUCACUAGUUGAUUUACACCAGCCAUAAAAUGCACAAUGACAUGUGAUUUGGUUAAAUCACAAAACACAAAAGCUCAUUUACACAGGUUAUGAACUGGUUUAGAUUAGAAACACUAAAAAACUUCUUGUUCCAUCCCUUCGAAAGUUACCGGAUAUCACGAUGUCAUAAAUGUCUUGAUACUUCGGCUUUCAUCCCGUUUCCUGUUAAAUCAUUUAUCUUGCACGUAGAUUAAAUGAUUCCACAAUAAACUGCUGAGUAACAAAUAUGUCAAUUCCUUUAUUUCAGAAUGAUUUAACUAUUUAACUUCCAAAACAAGAUUUCAACGUCCGUGUAUUCCAUACAGAGUAAUUCCGCUUUUACGGCUAACUUUUGCCAAACUUCAUGAGCCUCAACUUAAGUAGAAUGAAAUCGGCAAGAAACACUAACUUUACCCUCGGAAACGAUACUAUCACUGGAGCUGAUAAAUAAUCCGGCUUGAUUCAAUUAAGCCAACAGUGUGGCAGCCAUUUUGUUUUAAUCAAAAUUCAUAUCUGAAAUAUACUAGCAGGAUAUGGAAUAUAUCCUGUCUCCACGUGACGUCUAUUGGCCAAUAGAAAUGCAAGAAACCUGUAGGAGGCAAGAUAAAAAUAAAUAUCCGUGUUGUUACAAAUAGUAUUUUGCUUAUUGUUUGAAAUGGUAUAGUAAAGGAACAAUAGUACUAAAUAGGUAAUCAAGCAGAUAAUGGCGGAAAGAAAAAAUCCUCAUUUUUUCCCUGCUAAAGUGGCAUUUUCAUGUUUUAUGUAAGUCAGUUCCUGUUUUAAUUUCACUGUGGACCUAUACUUGACAUUUUGGUAGUAUUUACAUGGAGAUUUUUUGCAUUUACAGAAAUGUAAACAAACCUUAUUACUCAUGUGUUCAUACUCACAUUUUAGCUGUCAGUUUGGAAGAUAUUCCAUAGCGUUGGCCUGACAGACAAAAAUUCUCUCGUGAUUUUUUGUGGUUUAUAUCUCAUUUAAGAAAAUAAGGCUAGUAAUUGUUUUUAAAAUGGACCUGGCUAUGUGUUACAGCUCUCAGAAGACUGUGAAUUUUUUUUAUUUUUUUUUAUAACAUACAGCAAAUUUAUUUACUACUGUACAGCCGAUAAAAUAUUUCUAUACUCUUCCAACAAAUACAGAUUUAUGAAAUAAAUGAAAAACCCCUUGUUAAACCCUUAAUUUGACUAGACUGUCUAUCCACACUAUUUCUAAUAACGUAUUAUUGAUAUGAAUAAUGUGAAACGAAUGAUAUUUAAAUUCUCUGUAAACAUCAUAAGUGGUAAUCAAAGUUAGAUUGAGUGUUUUACACAGUUAGACGAUAUUAUUAACUUUCUAUGUUACUAUGUUAACGUUAUGAUAAUGCAAACAGUUAUUCCAAGCUUUGUAUUAAGUUAAUGAGCUCAUGAAGCCACUCGGCAAUUUCCGUAUGAUCACGAACUCUCGUUUUGCAAUUCGGCAUACGUCGGACGUAAAUGUAGCUGGCGCGCACAAUACUUUCCGUAAAAAUUCGCAUACGGAGAUUACGUAACUUUCCGAUUGUCAUUACGGGCCAACGACCUUCACAUGAUUGUAUUCUAUACUUACAGAACUCUGGUAUUUUUUGAAUAUUAUCAAGUACUUGUUUGUGUAGUAAGCUCCGGGUAUGUUGGCGUCACUGAAUGGAAAUAAUAAAGUUGUUUUUAUUUAAUAUGCUUGUAAAACGGUUCAAUUUUUACGAAAUGUUCUGUUAAGGUCCGAUAGGUUGAUAUUGACAUAAAUCAUUAUAAGUAGAAGUGAUUAAAUCAUACAGAUACAUUGUACUAAAAUGUUUAGGUUUUGCAAUACCCUCUUGUUUACCUGAGAAAUGAUAAAAAGUUGAAGAAAGUACAAUUUUUAUACAUGUGAUAAAAA